AUGACCCAGCAUGGAGUUCUACAGGGCGAGGCGGCGCGAUUUCAGGCUUUGGCGGAGACAGACCCUGAGGCGGCGGUACAGCUCCAGGCCAUCAACGCACAGCUCAAGGCGCUGUCGCAGAGGAUCCGCAACUACGAUGAGGAAAAGGCCGACGAGCUCGAGGAAGAACAGGAAGCGCAGAGCCGAGGGAGGACCCAGCUCUGCUUCUUCAUGGCCUUGGUAGCGGUGGGGCUGGUGGCUAUUGCGGUUUGGGCUCUGACCUAG